UUGCCAAAAUUCUUUGCAGCUUUCUUUGAGUCUCUUCGUAAAAUUGAAAUUGGGCUCUUAGAUGAAGGCCUUUACCUCUUUCUUUUAGAUUUUGAUGAGUGCAAUAAUGGUAGCCAUGACUGUCUUUCGAAUGCCACCUGUAUAAACACCGCUGGUUACUUUGAAUGCAAGUGCAAAGACGGAUACAUCGGAGAUGGACGCAACUGUACAGGUAAAGAUCAGUUAAAACACAUUGUCUUCAGCAUUUAUUUUAAGUAUUUUUGACCAUGCAACUUCAAAAAAUUAUAUCUCAGCUGUUAUUUAUAGUGCUAUAUAAAGCUAUACCUUAUUGGACAGGGCAAAAAUUCAAAUUUCAAAAAAAAAAAUUAGUUCAGUCUCGGGAAACCCAUAAUAUUCCCCCUUCCAAAAUAAAAAAAACAAUGUAUAGUUCUGCAUAGAGUGUAAUUUUGAAAGGAAAGUUGACUACUUUGUGUAAUACAGUAGAAAAUUUUUUUUCUACAAUAUCUAAGCAAAACAGCCCAAAUAUGGGUCGAAAAUAUAGAGCGACUAUGUAAGAUUAUGCAAAUGAGGUAAGAGCUUAUUGGCAUAGUGAAAUUAGAUAGUUGAACGUCACCUCGUGGCCCCGAUAUUGGCCGAAUUCAUAUUAGAAGACGAGAAACUCGUCACAGACGGAAUUCCGUCAGACAGAAUACCGUCUAAUAUAAAAUCAAGGACGGAAAACCGUCUUAAAGUCGCGACCGAUGUAAACUGUAAAACACAGUAAGACAGAAAAAGUUUCGGGCGAUCAGGCCAUAUAUGUUGCGAAGAACAAAACAUGGCUGCCAUCAUGUUUGCUCAAAACCUCUUGUCAACAACGAGAAAGCGGAAGGCUAAAGAUUUCAUAGAGUAGUUAAGAAGGAGAGAUGGAGGUUCUAAAGCACGAAAUUUUAUUUGAGGAGGAGAAUUCAAUUCAAAAGAUUGCAGCCGCUGUAGUCUGCUCAUCUACAAAAGAGCGAAAAAAAAAGGUCCCGUGGAGCAGAGAGAUUGUCUAUGGUGGCAGCAUGGAUACCUUAACUGGAUAAACGAACAGUUUAAAAGAAGGUUCAGAGUAAAUCGCGAUACCUUUAAUUUUAUACUGAAUGCUAUUGAAGAUCUUAUCACAAAGGAAGUCACUAUUCAAAGAACCGGUAUUGCCAGAUCGCCAACUUGGAUUAACUAUGUAAACUUAUGUACCGUUUAGCUCAUGGAUGUUCCUAUUCAACAGUCAGUGAUCUUUUUUGGGGUUGCCUCUUAUACAGCUUACCAAAUCAGUUCAACGAAGUCCUUCGUGUUAUCGUUCAAGUGGCGGAAUUCCGUCAGAUUGAAUACCGUCUAAUAUAAAUUUAAGGACGGAAACCGUCUAAAGUCGGGACCAAUGUAAAAUGUAAAAUAAAGUAACAGGGAAAAAGCUUAGGACGAUCAGGCCAGGUUGCGAAGAACAAAACAUGGCUACCAUCAUGUUUGCUCAAAACCUCUUAUCAACAGCGAGAAAGCGGAAGGCUCAAAAUAGCAUAGAGUAGUUAAGAAGGAGAGAUGAAGGUUCUAAAGCACGAAAAAUUUUAUUCGAGGAGGAGAAUUCAAUUCAAAAUAUUGCAGCCGCUGUAGUCUGCUCAUCAACAAAACUGGAGCGGAAAGAAAAAGGUCCCGUGGAGCAGAGAGAUUGUCUAUGGUGGCAGCAUGGAUAUCAUAACUGGACAAACGAAGAGGUCAAAAAGAAGGUUUAGAGUAAAUAGCGAUACCUUUAAUUUUAUACUGAAUGCUAUGGAAGAUCUUAUCACAAAAGAAAUCACUAAAUUCAAAGAACCGGUAUCGCCAGAUAUCGCCAGAUCGCCAACUUAAUUAACUAUGUGAGCUUAAGUACCGUUUAGCUCAUGGAUGUUCCUAUUCAACAGUCGGUGAUCUUUUUAGGGUUGCCUCUUCUACAGCUUGCCAAAUCAGUUCAACGAAGUCAUUUGUGUUAUCGUUCAAGUGUUUUAUAAUGAGUACGUGACUGAAAGUUGACCAACAAUAAUUUAAAAUGCCGAGGCACAUUUUUUUCGAGUGUGGCCGCGCACUUUUAAUGCAAAUUAGUAAAAUGUCUUAAGUGCUCUUAAGGUUAGGCAAAAAAAGGAUCUUUAUCGAUGAGGAUAAACUUGUUUUUGUGCUCAAGUAUAUGCUCCCACAGCAUUUUGUCCAUACAUUGUUGAAGUUGCCAACACAACAAAAAUUAAAGAGUGCUCGAUGUAAAGCUAGGGAAUCACCUUAAAAAGUUAAAAACACUAUCUAAGAUUAAAGGCUGCGGAUGUUAUUUAAUUAUUGUUAUCAAGCAAACAAACAACAAUUAUUGAGAAAAGACUAACAACUGCACACUGAUAAGAACAAUUUUUGCUCGGCCGUAAAAAUGCUUUGCCCUUGAGCCAGGAAAUGAAAUAACGAAAGGAAAAUUGCCAAAAUUCUUUGCAGCUUUCUUUGAGUCUCUUCGUAAAAUUGAAAUUGGGCUCUUAGAUGAAGGCCUUUACCUCUUUCUUUUAGAUUUUGAUGAGUGCAAUAAUGGUAGCCAUGACUGUCUUUCGAAUGCCACCUGUAUAAACACCGCUGGUUACUUUGAAUGCAAGUGCAAAGACGGAUACAUCGGAGAUGGACGCAACUGUACAGGUAAAGAUCAGUUAAAAAUC